AUGAACCUUUCAACAUCAGCUAUCCUAGGUCUUCUUGUCAUGGUUGCAGCUACAGGGCUUGUCGAUGCCGAAGGGAAAUUUUUCUGUUCUAAAGACCGUCCAGAGGCCUUCUGCACUACGCCACACCAGAAUGGUAAUGGGGAGGAAUAUGAUAUGAAACACUUAAACUCUCAACCCGGGCAGGCCAAUGUGUGUGGCCAAUUCACUCAAAACCGAUGUUGCAAUCAAGGCACUUGGGACAAAGCUCAGUCAAGAGGUAAUAUCCUCCAAAGAGCAACGAUCUCCCACGAGUGCACCACAUUAUGAUUGUCCGAAGCCCAAAAACCAACCUAAAUAGUAGACCGUGGUGAUUCUGGAAAGCUUCCAUAAAGUGUGCACGUUUGCUACGCCCUUACGCCGUUCACUUCGACCUCUAAAUUUUUC